AGUCCCGAGCUGUUCCGGGCCUCACAGCACAGCGACAGCUUCGUGCCGCGUUCGUGCAGGUUCGUAAUGCAGCACUCGGCGGCACUCGUCAGCAUUCGCUAGAGCUUAGUCGCGCGACAGACGCUGCGUGAGAAGUGUUUCGUGUCAAGUUUUUAUUCUUACUUGAUCAGCUGGUGUUUUCUUUCUUUCUCAAAGAUAAUCGCGAGUGCGCAAGCAUCGUCGACCCUUGGAUUUUAUUGGAUUCAUUAGAUUAUUCUGAAUAGCUCCUUGCUAUUACGAACACAGAAUAUCACGAUGAAGGUCGAAGCUCAUGGACCCCGCUGAUGUCAAGUAUCAUUAUUUGCUGGAUCGAUCCUCUUGAUUCUUUAAAGUGAACAGAAAGUCAGGAGAAAUGCUGUGCUGAUACGCGCGUUAAAGGACAAAGAGAAAAGAUAUAUAAUUGACCAAUCACUUCGAACGAGCGAAAUGGGUCGUCUGAUCUGGCUGUUAGUCUCUACGGUGGCUCUGACUGUCUUGAGCUCCGUGGGGGCCUUGGAAGGGCCCAACGUUUGUACGCAGCAGCAACAGUACACGACGACUGUGAGGAUAUCCGAGCAGGUCCCGUAUCUGAUGCGCGUCUACACUUGGUGCUUCAGCCUUCCGCCAAGGUGUUCCAAGUACAAGUCUGACUACAAGACAGUCUACAGAACUCAGACCCUCUUGAAAACACGACCCGUCGAAGAAUGCUGCAAGGGUUUCACGAAGACCAACACCGGCGACCGUUGCAUUCCGGUCUGCUCGGAGGACUGUCGCCAUGGCACUUGUGUAGCGCCGGAUGAAUGCAAGUGCGAAUCCGGAUACGGAGGUCCUGCAUGUGAUAUAAAGUGUCCAUUGGGCAAAUGGGGCAGAGAUUGCCAGGAGGAUUGCGCAUGCCAGAAUGGAGCCACCUGCGAUCCAUUCGAUGGCAAGUGCAGAUGUACCAGAGGCUGGACCGGUAUCUUCUGUCAUCAACAAUGUUCUCCCGAUCGUUAUGGUCAGGAUUGCGUUGAGGAAUGUCGCUGUCAUAAUGGCGGAAGUUGUCACCACAUUUCCGGCGAGUGUCACUGUGCUCCUGGAUACACAGGGCCUUUGUGCGACGAUGUCUGCCCUGUUGGAAAACACGGGGACGAGUGCAAGUCCGAGUGUAGAUGUCAAAAUGGUGGAUCUUGCAAUCCUACGACGGGCGAAUGUCUUUGCACUUCUGGAUGGAUGGGUUCCGUUUGCGGCAAUCGAUGCCCUGAGGGUAGUUGGGGUAAAAACUGCAGUGAGACAUGCAACUGCUACAAUGGAGCUUCUUGCAAUCACAUUACUGGAGAAUGCCUAUGUAAAGCUGGUUUUUACGGUGACAAUUGUCUUCAAAGGUGUCCGGAAGGCAAGUUCGGUCUAAACUGCACAAACGAUUGUAUCUGCAAUAAUGGCGCCACGUGCUCCCCGAUAGAUGGGACCUGUCACUGCAGUCCUGGAUGGAUGGGUAAAACGUGCGACUUGCGUGCAUGCAGCAAGAAUCGCUGGGGCCCUAACUGUACCAAGGUCUGUGAAUGCGACGAAAGCAAUACGGAACUCUGUCAUCCUUGGACUGGAAAAUGCAUUUGCAAAAUUGGAUGGGAUGGUGAAACCUGCUCACGAACCUGUCCCUUUUACACGUAUGGCAAGGGCUGCCAAAACAAGUGCAACUGCAAGAACAGCGCCCAAUGCUCGCCCAUUAACGGCACCUGCAUGUGCGCCGCUGGUUACAGAGGUGACGACUGUAGUGAACUGUGUCCGGUAAACACUUUUGGUGAGGAUUGUGCCCAGAAAUGUGCCUGCAAAAACGGAGCUUCUUGUUCGCCAGAGAACGGUCGCUGCAACUGCACUGCAGGAUGGACUGGAGUCCUCUGUGAUCGUCCUUGUGCUGACAAAUUUUACGGCCAGGACUGCAACGACAAGUGCGAAUGCUUCAACGAUGCAGCGUGCAAUCCGCAAAAUGGUACAUGCACGUGUGCUGCUGGUUUCACCGGGACGCUGUGCAAGGACCGCUGCUCUAAGGGAUUUUAUGGAUACAAAUGCGAGCAAAUCUGCGAUUGCGACGAUGAGAACAGCGUCGACUGCGACCCGGCGACCGGACGCUGCAUCUGCAAGCCAGAAUGGCGAGGGAACCGGUGCGAGACUCAGUGUCCUGAGGGUCUUUACGGAGAUAAGUGUCACGAGCAGUGCAACUGCAUGAACAAUAGCUCUUGUGACCCGGAAACCGGACGCUGCAUUUGCGCCCGAGGCUGGGAGGGAGAUGAUUGCUCGCAGCCCUGCAAAGAAGGCUGGUACGGCGUGCGCUGUCGAGAAAAGUGUCUCAAAAAAAUGCACGGAAAUAUGACUUGCGACCACGUAACCGGAGAGUACAUCUGUCGACCUGGGUACUUGGGCCUGACCUGCGAACAUCCUUGUCCACCGGAACGAUACGGACUCAAUUGUGCCAAUCACUGCCAUUGCAAAAACAGAGCUGAGUGCCAUCAUGUCACUGGCAAAUGUCAGUGUCUACCUGGUUGGCAAGGGGAACUCUGCCAGAAUCGCUGCCCUCGGGGAACUUACGGCGUCAACUGCACGCAGCACUGCAAAUGUCAAAAUGGAGGAAUGUGUCGAUCGAACGAUGGUCAUUGUCGCUGCGAGCCAGGAUGGACUGGAACUCGGUGUACGGAAAUAUGUCCCGAAGGAUAUUACGGUGAUCACUGCAUGCUGCCUUGCGAAUGCAAGAAUGACUUCUUCAUAUGUCAUCCCAUAAACGGUUGCAUCUGCAGACAUGGGUACACGGGUGAAAAUUGCGACGAACAACUUUUCUCUCGCAACGUUCAGGAGAAGGAAGAGUCGGGAUACGGAAGUGUCGUUGCCGGAAUAUUCGCGGCGAUCAUAGUUAUCGCCGGCACCUUCGCAGCUUGGAUGUAUCAUCGCAAGCGCGUCUCUAAUUUGAAGAAGGAGAUAGCACAAGUCCAUUACAUAGCGGCAGAGCCGAUUACGUCACCUGAUCGCAAUCAGUUCGACAAUCCCGUGUACUCGUAUCAAGGUUCAUCGAAAUCCGAUGACGGCACGGCCACUCUGUUGAACAACGUUCAAAUAAAGAACGACCUGGGUAUGAAGAAUGUGAACAACGAGAGAGCCAAGUUAGGUACCGCUCAUGGAAGCUGCACGGAUGAGGACGAAGACAGCUCGAAAGGUGCUUACGGAUUGCAAUACGAUCACGCAGCUUCUUUGAAGAAUAAGGAUGCGGAUCUUGGUAAUCCGAACGUGAACAAUUAUCACACCAUCGACGAAAUGGAUGGCAAAAAGGCCGAACAUCUCUACGAUGAGAUUAAACAAAAUAAUGCGGAUACGGUGUAUGAUCAUUUGGAUUACACGAGACCACUCAGUGCCUGGAAACCUCAUUAUCAGCGAAUGGCCAAUGGCUUCGGUCCCAAGGAUGGUAGUGGACCCAGCAGAUCGACUAAUCCGGACCCAGAAUCUGGUGGAACGUAACUCUUCUUUAUUUUGAAGAUGCCUGACUGAUUGUGAGUGUAUAAGUGACGGAGUACUGCCGUUAAGGGCCGGCGAUCGCCAUUGAAUCUUACCGAUAGGAAGCUGCUUCCGCUUGGUUCAUUCAUUUACUCGUAGAGUUAAUAAGCGUUGUAUACUCCAUUUCUGAUGAGAAUCUAGAAAAACUCCUUAAACAUAGAAUCUUCGGUCUUUAAGCGAUCAAAUGCAAUAAUUUAGGCUAAGGCAUAAGGAAUACAAGAAUCCACUGAUUUGAGCUGAUAAGCUGUGUUGGCCGAGAGUCGUUUGUCCACGCGCAAUGAUGAACAUCAAGAAUCAUUUCCCUUUCAUCUGGUUAAAUUUGUAUAUAAUUUCAAUUUGAAUCUGCGUUGGACAACCGAUUAUCGAUAGUAAAAUUGCGAUACUGGCCAAUUAUUGUAAAUAAUGGCCGAAAAAGUUGAUAAACAUACAUAGAGGUAUUGACAUUAUACAUGUACACUCUGCGGACUUAUCAUGCAACUAAUGCAUACGAGCGAUUGUAAGUUUUCUUUUUUAUAUUUUAUUAUAAAAACUGCUCGCGUUCUGGGCUGCGUUUUAUUCCAUAUUUUUCACUUUUCAAGAGACACUAUAUAUAAUAUACUGUAUUCUAGAGUAAGUAUUAAGGAUCAUGUAUCGUUCAUGUGCAAGGCAGCCUAUUAGGCUACACGAAGGAGAAAUUAUAUUUUAUGUUCGGACCAACGAAUUGUCGUCUGGUGACGUAUUCGAAUUGGAAUUCUAUUUGUCGACCGGGGCCUACGCGACGGGACUUGUAUUUCUCCGUACGUCAAUCUUUUCUUCCUUUUAAUAUUGUUUUGACUCUUGCUGGCGUAUUGAGAAGUAUUGAGGCGUUCGUAGUGGAGGUCCCGAGGGUCGACCCUGCUCACAAGGUCGACGUGAACGAGCGACUUUUACCUGUGAUAAAGAAUGAAUUAUUGUAAGCACGCCUUAAAGAGGAGGAGGAUCCGAUAAUAUCUCGCUAAAUCGAAAGCGAUGUAUUAACAUGUGAAAAUCAGUGUAUCUUAUAUUUUGGAAGCGAAUAAACCAAUUAAAUGGUA